UGCCCGUGAGCUCCGGUCCCGUCCGCGCUGCCGCAGGGAGGCCGCCCCGGUGAGCCGAACCAAUGCUGGAUCUGGAGGUGGUGCCCGAGCGCUCUCUGGGAAAUGAGCAAUGGGAAUUCGCGCUGGGAAUGCCUCUGGCUCAGGCAGUAGCCAUUCUUCAGAAGCACUGUCGCAUCAUAAAAAAUGUCCAGGUUCUCUACAGUGAACAGUCUCCUCUAAGCCAUGACCUCAUCCUUAACCUGACUCAGGACGGGAUCAAACUACUGUUUGAUGCUUUCAAUCAGAGACUUAAGGUGAUUGAAGUAUAUGACUUGACUAAAGUAAAGUUAAAAUAUUGUGGUGUGCAUUUCAAUUCUCAAACCAUAGCUCCCACCAUUGAGCAGAUUGACCAGUCUUUUGGUGCGACCCACAACUCCGCUGAGCAGCUCUUCCACCUCAACUUCAGAGGACUGUCUUUCUCUUUUCAGCUAGAUUCGUGGACUGAGGCUCCCAAGUGCGAGCCCAAUUUUGCCCAUGGUCUGGCUUCUCUCCAGAUACCCCAUGGAGCAACUGUGAAGCGAAUGUACAUCUACAGUGGAAACAGCCUACAGGAUACCAAGGCUCCCGCGAUGCCCCUGAGCUGUUUCCUGGGCAAUGUGUACGCUGAGAGUGUAGAUGUUCUUCGGGAUGGAACUGGACCCUCAGGUUUACGACUUCGCCUACUUGCCGCAGGUUGUGGACCCGGCUUAUUAGCAGAUGCCAAGAUGCGGGUAUUUGAACGCUCAGUGUAUUUUGGCGAUUCCUGCCAAGAUGUUCUUAGCAUGCUUGGCUCUCCACACAAGGUCUUCUACAAGUCAGAAGACAAGAUGAAGAUUCAUUCUCCUUCUCCUCAUAAGCAAGUUCCAUCGAAGUGCAAUGACUACUUUUUUAACUACUUCACUCUCGGAGUGGACAUCCUCUUUGACGCGAAUACACACAAAGUGAAGAAGUUUGUCCUACACACCAAUUACCCUGGACAUUAUAAUUUUAAUAUUUAUCACCGCUGUGAGUUCAAGAUCCCACUAACCGUAAAGAGAGAAAACACAGAUGGUCAGACAGAAACAUGCACGACCUACAGCAAGUGGGACAACAUCCAGGAGCUCCUGGGCCACCCUGUGGAGAAGCCUGUUGCCCUGCACAGGUCCUCCUCCCCAGACAACACCAACCCAUUUGGCUCCACGUUCUGCUUUGGUCUUCAGCGGAUGAUCUUUGAGGUCAUGCAGAACAACCACAUUGCCUCGGUGACCCUUUAUGGCCCCCCCAGGCCUGGUGCCCACCUGAGAACCACGGAACUCCCCUAGGAACAUCACCACCCAUGCCCCUCUGCCCCAUGGAACUGUGUAUCGCAUCCUGUUCAGCAGGCCACCCUGUGGGUUUUCUUGGACACCUUGCCAGUGUGGAAGGGCUGUUGUGAUAUUUUGAGGUGGGGCUCAGG